AGAGAGAUGACACAAAUGUGAAUUUUCACUGUGAGAGGCCUCAGUGCUCUGCAGCUUUCACAGCGCCACUCGCUAUAUAUGAACCGCCAGGAACGGUUCCUGCUAUGAAUGGCCAAGAUGAUCGACAUCGCGCCAUCCACCAUCGCGUGCAGUGGUAACACCGUUGCACGAGACGAAUCACAUCGUGUCUGAUGUUCCUUCCUGAACAGCUACAACGACCUCGCUUCAGAUGAACCUGCAAACCUCGCGUCGCUGGAGCUCUUUAAAGCCUGAAGGCGUCAAGAAGAAAGAAGGCACAGAGUUCCUGGGCUACUUCAUGCCUCUCUACCUCUGCCCCAUUCUUUAUACCGGAACCUAUAUAAGCAAAUGCAUCUACUGCAUUUUGCUAACCCUCUCCUGCUGGCUGUUCAGAUCCGCACCCAAGCCGAUUAUAGCUUUCUUGCCGGCCCUUACGUUGCCACUCUUUGAUAUCAUGUCGCCCGACCGCCUCGCCCAGGAAUACCUGUCUCUGGAAGUUCUCACUGUGGCACUGAUGAGCCUCCUCCUGGUGGCGAUUGAGAUGACCCUUACUGUCCGCCGCCUAAGCUACGUCUUCGUGCAGCACUUCGGCUUACAGCUUCGUCAGGCGUUCAGCUUUGUGACAGCGGUCACCUUCUGCGCUUCCCUAAUCUUGCCGAGAACUCUGGUCUCCCUCCUGGUCACUUUCCUUGUGGACCGUGUAGGACAAUGCAUUCGCGACGAGAACCUGCACGAGGCAAAGCGCUGCCUCGAACGUUCCAUCGCUUCGGAUGACUUCCAUGCAGAUUCCGAGUUCCUCCUGGAAGAACUGGCACUCGCCAUCUCUCGUAGACAGCUUGCCGGUCUAGAGAACAAGCGUGACGACGAUUCCUGGCUGGAUGUGACACGAGACCGAAUGUGGUCACCGACUCAAACUGAGCCGGUAAAGCGAAAGACUUCGAUCUUGAAGAACUCUUCGCUCAGGCGAAACAACGUACCGGAGCUAACGAAGGAUGGAUAUCCUCAAGGACGCCUGAUACGAAAGCCAUCCGCGACGCGCAAGCAAUCGUUCGCUGAGGUCGCCCAGGUUUUCCAUCACUACAGGAGGCACGGCGUAGAACAGGGUGCCAAGGAGACUAGCAUCGUUGUAGUGCCUCUGGUCGACGAAAAGCCACGGGACGAAAAACGUACCAGUCGGCAACGUCACCGCGCCGUCAGGCGGAAGUCUCUGCCCGACGUCAGCUGCGUCGCUCAGCCACUCAAAAAGCCAACAGCACAUGACAAGGGUGGAAUCGUGUCUUCUAACAGCAGCUUUCCGAAAAAGGGACGGAAGGUACAUUCCCCAGUACCUGCACGAAAACCGCAGAAGAGCCUCUCCAGCCGAAGGAGUUCGACUUUUCUCAGCCCGGGAAGUUUAACUGAGGUUGGAAAGAUAUCUCCAGAGGCUACACUCAUCCGCCUCGGUCAGACGGCUCAGGAGAACGUGGAUGGUGUCGGCAGCGAUUUGCCGUCGGUGACACCUGCCGGGUCCGAUUCUAGUCUGCGACGAUCACCAUCCAUUUCUAUGGUUCACAAAAACAAGGUGCUCUUUCCCGACUUCGAUUCACCCGACACCGCUCAGGGAAAAUUUAAGCGGUACAAGGCUCCUUCCGACUCACUGAUCCUCUCUCCUGCGUCUGCUGCCGCUGCCACUAUUGAAGAACAACAGUCUGUGCGUCAGCGAAAACGAGCAACGGAAGCCCUCGGCGCCUUUUUUGUCACCGGUACGAUCCUCUCCGUGCUGGCCAACCUGUCCAGUUACUGGUUCAUGCCCGCCAAUCAAGCAAUCGUAGCCGACAUUACGUUGUUCCCCGUCGGCAUGUGGGGCUGGAUAAUAAUUACGUUCCCCGUAUCGCUGCUUGCCUCUGGGGUUUGUUUCAUCUACCUCUACUUCGUGAAGAUCCUUUCGUACGAGAAGCAACUUAACACGGUUGGUGAAAACAUCAUCUGCUGCUACGCCAAAAUUAAGCUCUGUAGCCUAGGGAGUUGCAGCCAAUGCGAGCUUCUCAUCCUGCUUCCCUGGAUCAGCUACUCCGGAGUGCUACUGUUUCAGAGAGCAACAAAAUUCGAGCAACUGAAUCCGAGCUUUCUGGGCACACUCGUGCUCCUGGUGUCAACUGCGUCCGUCGGCAGCUUAGGAGAAAACGAAGAGGCGGACUGUGGAUACGACAACCGGUUCCUCAACCGGGAUGCGAUAGAAAAACGAAUGCGAUGGGGCAUAAUCAUCAUCUACGGAGCUGCGUCACUGCUGUCCACAGUCGCAGAGGAGAGCCAACUGGCCAGCAUAGCGUUCAAGUCUGACUUCUGGAGCGAGCCUCGAUCUCCGCUGCUCAACCAGCUCCUCCUGACGCUAAUCUCUUCGCUGCUGGCAGAAAUCAUGAGCGGCGAUUCCAUCAGCAAAAUAGCCCUGCCGCUCGUCGCCGAUAUCGCGAGGCGUACGGACAGCACUCCCAUCUACUAUGGAUUGCCCGUGGCAGUUGCGGCGUCACUUAACACCAUCAUGCCCGUCUCGUUGCCGCUGGUUAUUCUGCACGAAGUUGCACUAUUGUCGCCAAGGCAACUAAUCCUGACAGGUGCGGCCCUGAAGACUAUCGUCGUCGCCAGCAUCCUCGUCUCGAUGAAUACUACCGGCAAAUUUUAUUUCGAUGAUUUCAGCGUUUCUACGGGGAUUCAAGGCCUAUUGCAAAAUUCGUCUAUUAACUCGUAUGAAAAUUUAACUAUAGUUUACUACUGAUACAUUAUAAUAAUACUACGAACGGUAGAUGAUAUCAAUGCAUUUCGAAAGGUAUGAGCUCAUUUAAAUAUAUAUUUUCGCAAAGUC